AUGGUGGGCCGUGGAAAUCGACGAUUCCGAGGCCAGGGCCAUACCAGCAAUCGAGGCGGUUCGAAUAACUUCGGAAGGCGUAACCAAAGUGACAAGAUAUGCGGGGAAUUCCAGCGUGGCAAUUGCACAUAUGGCCCAGCUUGCAAGUUCUCUCACGACUUGACAAGAGCUGGCGGAUCUAAUCACAAUCCCAUAGCUGAUGAUUCAAGCUUGCGGAAACGAUAUUUUGACUGGAGAAAGAUACUGAGAAGGAAUUUCAGCAGUGCCAGAUCUUACAGAGGACACGAAGAAACUCUUCGACUUUGGAAAGGGGCGAUCGAAAUCCUCAAUAGUGAAAAUACAGGGGACCAACAGCUCGUUGUGAGAGACCUCGUGGAUGACGACCUUGAUGGAUACGGGUUCAUCCUGGCAACGAUUGAUACAACUGGCCAAGAUUUGAGUCGCGGUAUUCCUGGAUAUGUUGAGCCGUUUCUCAAAGUCAUUACCCAUUCUUCUCUCUUGGAUUGCCUCUCUGUUGAUUCAUUUGUUGGCACUAUGUACGCAACCUUUGGCGGCCCGAAUGGAGAUCGAGCAAUCGGGUUUCUGGAAAGUGUUUGUCGCUGCAUGAUAAACAGCUGUGAGCAGAAAGACAACAGUCGGACUCUCGUGACUCCAGAAAUGGGUCCGGCGGGCAAGAUUUCCUUAUUUCUUCCUUCACUUCUCGACUCACUGUAUGAUUUGGUCCACGAAAUGACCGAAGUAUGCACCAAGGCCAACCUUGAAGCGUUUGACAACAGAAUAGAAACCAUGCGAAAUGUGAUCACAAGUGCACACCGCAGUCUUGUUCCAGUCAAAUUGCAUGAAGAGAACGGUCACAGGACUGGUGCUGGGGUAGCUCAAUUGACAUUUCCAAUGGACAUGGAAAUCCCUGGUGGCAGACACGACAAUGACCUUACAGAAAUCUCAAAGAUUCGAAUUCUUCCCACACAAGGAGAAAUUGUCAGUGAUAGCUCGGAAUAUCUACCCUCAACCAAUUUCUCUCAGCCGCACUUCAUCACGGAUCCUAUGCUAAGAUACAUUGACUCCACAUUCCGACUUCUGCGCCAUGACAUCUUCGGUACUGCCAAAGAUGUGCUUCGAGACCUACUACAGCAAGAUGGUCCCACGCCCUACUUAUCGAACAAGGAUAGCAGAGCGCAUAUCUACAUGGCAUCACACGUCCAGCAUAUCUCUGUUAAUGGAAGAAAUGAGCUCGAAGCGACGGUAUCCUUCUCUGCCCCGUCACAACUGCGCAAAAAGUCUAUUGUCGAGCAAUGCAGAUGGUGGAAAGAUUCUAACCGACUAGAAGAAGGGAGCCUGGUGUGCUUUUUGACUUCUGAAGGCACCAAAAAAAGGCUGCUUUUUCUCGAAGUGACAACCAAGUGCUCCUCCCAAGAACAAACGAAUAAAGAAAAGAGCACCCUUGUCUCUGAUCGGUAUCCACCUAGCGUUACAGUGAAGCUCGCGGCAUGUUUGCAGCAAGAACUGAAUCUCCUCGGUCAAAUCUACAGUGAGAAGAUCCCAGGUACUCUGGUUGACUUCCAUGGUCUCAUUCCUGCAACAUUUGCACCAAUACUGAGGAAUCUUCAGCAUAUCCAGCGUGAGGGGGAGUUGGCAUUCCAGAAAUGGAUUUUGCCAGGCCGAAACGGGGACAAGGGGAGGACCAAUAUACCCCCACCAGCAUAUGCACGAAAACUGGGAUUUGUCUUUCCCUUCCUUUCGAUCGUAAAAGAUCGAGCUCAAGACAUUAAGCUAGACCCCAAUUUCCCAGAGUCUCUUGACCUCAAAGAGCUGGAAACUUUGACUGGUCUCGACCUUGGACAGUGCCAGGGACUUGUUGCUGCUCUCACACGAGAAUAUGCCAUGAUCCAAGGCCCACCGGGCACGGGAAAGUCUCAUGUUGGGGUCAAGCUUGUUCAAGUUCUGCUCUCUACCAAAGUAAGGGCAACGCUUGGGCCAAUUAUCGUGAUGUGUUACACCAACCAUGCCUUGGACCAGUUCUUGAAGCAUCUUCUUGCUGUUGGUAUGCAAAAAAUCAUACGCAUUGGAGGCCGCAGUCAGGCCACUGAGCUGGAAGGCAAGAACCUUCGCGUUGUUAGCAGCAAUAUCGGCAAGACAAGAGUAGAGUCACAAACCCUUGGUCAAACUUACAGUGAGCUCGAAGAAUGCAUGAAAGUAGCCGGGUAUUCCAUGAAGCCGCUACAUCAGUCUCGAAAGGGCCCGACCUGGAAAGGAAUGCAGCACUUUUUGCGCGACAAUUGGCCCAUGAUACACAGACAGCUGGAUCUAAUGGAUGCGGAGGGAUUCCAGGUGGUCACUGGUGAUCCCCUGUUGAACUGGCUGGGAGUCAAAUCGAUGAAUUUCUCGAAAGCCGAGGAUGUGGAUGAGGGGGACAAUGAACGCUUGGAAAGCCUGACACGCACUGCUGAGCGAAAUAUCUAUCACCUCUCGAAGUCAGAGCGCCGAACUCUUGCAAAGAGCUGGUUUAAGGAAUGGUGCGAAAACGAGAGUGCCUCAUUGUUUGAGGCGGUCAAUAGCGCUGAGAGGUUGCGUGAAAAAAUCAACGCCGUUCAUGAUGAGCUAAACAGGCGAGCCCUGGUUCAAGCCGACGUUGUAGGCAUCACAACAACGUCCCUUGCGCGAAAUAUCGAGACAUUACGCCACAUAGGCGCAAAGGUCAUCAUGUGUGAGGAGGCAGCCGAGGUGAUGGAAGCCCAUGUCAUUUCAUCACUCAUGCCGGGCGUGGAGCAUUUUAUUCAGAUUGGGGAUCACCGACAAUUACGCCCGCAAAUUCAAAAUUACUCGCUUAGCCUUGAGUCAUCAUCUGGAAAGGCCUGGCAGCUGGACCGGAGCCAAUUCGAGAGGCGUGCUGUCGGCGAGCCAGGCCUCAGUCCUGCGCCUGUUGCACAACUCAAUGUACAGCGAAGAAUGAGACCCGAGAUUUCGCAACUCAUUAGAAGAGUCUACCCAAGGCUCCAAGAUCACGAAAGCGUGAUAAAUUUACCCAAUGUCGUCGGAAUGCGAGAGAACGUCUUCUGGCUAGACCAUCGACGCGAUGAAGACACGAGAGAAGAGGACGUUCGUGUGAAGUCACAUAGCAAUCAAUGGGAGGUCGAUAUGGCAACCGCUCUUGUGCGCCAUCUUGUCCGACAGGGAGAGUACAGCAGCACGGAUAUUGCUCUGCUAACUCCCUAUACCGGUCAACUGCGGAAGCUCAGGGCAUCGCUCAGCAAAGAUUUUGAAAUAUGUCUCAGCGAGCGGGAUUUAGAGACCUUGGCAGCCGAGGGCCUUGGAGUGGACACAGAUGAACCUCUUCAAGCAGGAUCUCACAAACUAAUCGAGAGGAAAACACUCCUUCAGACACUCCGCCUGGCUACCGUUGACAACUUCCAAGGUGAAGAGGCAAAAGUGAUCAUCGUCUCACUAGUUCGGAGCAACUUGAAACGUAAAGUUGGCUUUCUACGCACCGAGAACCGCAUCAACGUGCUCCUCAGUCGAGCACAGCACGGGAUGUAUCUGAUCGGAAAUUCCGAGACCUAUCUCAAUGUCCCAAUGUGGGCUGAUGUUCACGCUCAACUCGCCCGCACGAAUGCAGUCGGCACGGAACUGGCUUUAUGUUGCCCCCGCCACCCAGAAGUGCCUAUCCUCUGCUCUGAGCCUCAAGAGUUUGAGAGAAAGAGCCCCGAAGGCGGAUGCAACCUCCCAUGUACCCGUCGUCUCGAGCAAUGUGGCCACCAGUGCCAGGCAAAAUGUCAUUCAUCGUUCAUGCACCAUGGUUUUGCAUGCUGCAAACCUUGUCCUCGAAUUCGACAGACCUGUGACCAUGCAUGCCCUAAGCUCUGUGGUACAGAGUGUGGUCUUUGCAUGGUCCAGAUACCCGACGUGAUUCUUCCCUGUGGCCAUCUUAAACAGACGCUCAUGUGCCACCAGAUGCGAAACUUGGCAUCCAUCAAGUGUGACGUCAAAGUCGAUAAGACUGUUACCAAGUGUGGCCACGUUCUCCGGAUCGCUUGCUUCAUUGAUGUUACGUCCGAUAUUUUCAGUUGCACUGAGCCAUGCACCGAGAUUCUUGGAUGUGGUCACAAUUGUGGCGGUGUCUGUGGACGGUGCCUGAAGAAAGGCGAAAACGGUGUCGUAUCGUUUGAACAUUCAAGAUGUACAAAAAGAUGCGAUCGUCCACAUGGCGUCUGCAAUCACAGGUGCCUCAAGGUAUGCCAUGACGGCGAAAGCUGUGGCAAUUGCGAAGCCAAGUGCGAGGUUCGAUGCUCUCACUCGGCCUGUGCCUGCACCUGCGGAAAGGCAUGUGCCCCAUGCAUCGAAAGAUGCACUUGGGUUUGCCCCCAUGAGGGUUCCUGCUCAAUGCCUUGCGCAGCACCCUGUGAUCGACUUCCGUGUGAUGAGCGAUGCACCAAAAUUCUCGACUGCGGUCAUCGGUGUCCAAGUCUUUGCGGAGAGGACUGUCCAAGCGGUCUAUGCCAAGAAUGCGGCGAUAAGCCAGACGCCCGUGUCGAUUUCCUUGAAUGGAAAUCUUAUUCUGAAAUCGACCUCGAUGAGAGUCCAAUUGUCGUGCUCGGGUGUGGCCAUUUCUUUACCAGCGAGUCGGUCGAUGGUCUAGUCGGCCUAGAUGAAGUGUAUACAAGGGAUGGAUCUGGCAAAUUCAACGGCCUUCAGGAUUGUUCUACUUCUCUGGCCAGCACCAUACCAUCGUGUCCUGACUGUAAACAACCCAUUCGUCAGUUCGUAACAAAGCGAUACAAUCGUGUCAUCAAUCGAGCUGUUAUGGACGAAACAUCCAAGCGUUUCUUGACGAAAGGACGCCUCGACCUUGAAAGACUUGAUUCUCGUUUGAACACCAUCACGGACGAGCUUGUUGCCAAAGCCAAGACAGUGCAACCGAUCAGCCUUACCAAAGCACAGAUCAACACACGAUACGGAGCCUUUGUCGACCUUGCAAAGGAGGCUGCAGCACUCAGUAAACUGAUGGAUGCAGAGCAUCAACCGGCGAAGCGACUCAUGGAUGCUAUUGCUUUGCGCCAGAAACCAUCGGAUGGCAAAGAUAUCUCCAUCUCGAGCCAACUUGAAGGGUUGAGAAUAUCAACUCCAAGACCUGACAACCAGAUAACUCUCGGGGCACGAUUGAUCUCUAUCAAGGCCCGAGAAUUCGUUCUUCACGAUAAGUUCAGGCUCUUGAAUCCAAACGCAAUAAUUGAGGAAACAAUCCUUGUUGUUCAGCUUAAUCAGCUCACGAUACUGUUCUUGGAGGACUGUCGGGACUUGAUCAUCCAAGCCAAGGGUGGCAGCCUCUUCCGUAUUGUCAUCACGGCAACGCUUGCGUUUGCUAAAAUAUCCGAACUAUUCGGAUGGUACCAUCGCACUCAUCUAGUACCCACAAAUGGUAAACUUACUCAAAAAGGACGGAAUAGCACCGGGUUAGAAUCGCGUGAUGACCGCAGGAAUAUGGCACGUGAGUUCCUUGCCGAUGCUUUGCAUCUAUGCGGUCAAUUGGGCAAUUGUGAGGAGCUUCGAGAGAGGGUUCAGGAAAUGAUCCGUCUAUUUGAGAGUACUCGAUACGAAGAGGUGACGCCAGAGGAACUUGCAUCCAUCAAGGUUGCCAUGGUUGACGGGCGAGGAGGCAUGGCGACCAACUCUGGGCACUGGUACAAUUGUAUCAACGGACAUCCUUUUGCCAUUGGCGAAUGCGGUAUGCCGAUGCAGCUAGCGAAAUGUCCUGAAUGUGGAGCGAGUAUCGGAGGACGAAAUCAUCAGGCAGUUGAGGGUGUCUCUCGAGCGGAGAAUAUGGAGUAG